AAGAAUUGUUACUGCGCAUGUGUCCCGCGGUGGCUGCUGGGAAGCGCUGAGAACCGGAAGUAAACAUUGACGUAUUGGCUCUGUUUCAGUCCGGUGGUUUGGGGGUCCGCUGCGACAGGACUUGAGGAGGCCAGAUAACAAUGGCGGCUGCAGCUGUGGACACAGUUAAUGCCGCCCCCGUGGCAGGGUCCAAAGAAAUGAGUUUGGAGGAACCAAAGAAGAUGACCAGAGAGGACUGGAGAAAGAAGAAGGAGCUAGAAGAACAGCGAAAACUGGGUAAUGCUCCUGCAGAAGUUGAUGAAGAAGGAAAAGACAUCAACCCUCAUAUUCCUCAGUAUAUUUCUUCAGUGCCAUGGUAUAUUGAUCCAUCAAAAAGACCUACUUUAAAGCACCAGAGACCACAACCAGAAAAACAGAAGCAGUUCAGCUCAUCUGUUGAAUGGUAUAAGAGGGGUGUAAAAGAGAAUUCCAUAACUACUAAGUAUCGCGAAGGAGCGUGUGAAAAUUGUGGGGCCAUGACACACAAAAAGAAAGACUGCUUUGAGAGACCCAGGCGAGUUGGAGCAAAAUUUACAGGAACUAACAUAGCUCCAGACGAACAUGUCCAGCCUCAGCUGAUGUUUGACUAUGAUGGGAAGAGGGAUCGGUGGAAUGGCUACAAUCCAGAAGAACACAUGAAAAUUGUAGAAGAAUAUGCCAAAGUUGAUCUGGCAAAACGAACACUGAAAGCCCAGAAACUCCAAGAAGAAUUAGCCUCAGGAAAGUUAGUGGAACAGGCUAAUUCUCCAAAACACCAGUGGGGAGAAGAGGAACCAAAUUCUCAAAUGGAAAAAGAUCAUAAUAGUGAGGAUGAGGAUGAAGAUAAAUAUGCAGAUGAUAUUGACAUGCCUGGACAGAACUUUGACUCUAAGAGACGGAUUACUGUUCGGAAUCUCAGGAUUCGAGAAGAUAUUGCAAAAUAUUUGCGGAAUUUAGAUCCAAAUUCUGCUUACUAUGAUCCCAAAACUAGAGCAAUGAGAGAAAAUCCCUAUGCCAAUGCAGGAAAGAAUCCAGAUGAAGUGAGCUAUGCAGGAGACAACUUUGUUAGAUACACAGGUGAUACCAUUUCAAUGGCUCAGACACAGCUGUUUGCAUGGGAAGCCUAUGACAAGGGAUCUGAAGUGCAUCUGCAGGCUGAUCCCACCAAACUAGAGCUCUUGUAUAAGUCCUUCAAGGUCAAAAAAGAAGACUUCAAAGAACAGCAGAAAGAAAGCAUCCUGGAAAAGUAUGGCGGCCAAGAACAUUUGGAUGCCCCUCCAGCUGAAUUGCUUUUAGCUCAGACAGAAGACUAUGUGGAGUACUCACGCCAUGGGACGGUCAUUAAAGGGCAGGAGCGGGCUGUCGCCUGCUCCAAAUACGAGGAGGAUGUGAAGAUCCACAAUCACACGCAUAUCUGGGGAUCUUACUGGAAAGAAGGCCGAUGGGGAUACAAAUGCUGUCACUCUUUUGUCAAGUAUUCCUAUUGCACUGGAGAAGCUGGGAAGGAGAUUGUUAAUUCAGAGGAAUGUAUUGUAAAUGAUAUAACUGGAGAAGAAUCCGUGAAAAAACCUCAAACCCUCAUGGAGAUACAUCAGGAAAAACUAAAAGAGGAUAAAAAGAAGAAAAAGAAGAAGAAGAAGAAGCAUCGAAAGAGCAGCUCAGAUAGUGAUGAUGAAGAAAAGAAACAUGAAAAACUGAAAAAGGCACUGAAUGCAGAGGAGGCCCGCCUUCUUCAUGUCAAGGAGCUCAUGCAGGUUGAUGAGAGGAAACGGCCUUACAAUAUCCUGUAUGAAACUCGGGAACCCACCGAGGAGGAAAUGGAGGCCUAUAGAAUGAAGCGUCAGAGGCCGGAUGACCCCAUGGCCUCUUUCCUUGGACAGUAGUUACUAGUUGCAGAUGGUCAUUCAUGAUAAACACAGCUGAAGAUAUAUUUUUUUCAGCUUCUUGCCAGUGAUUGUAGAUGGACAAGUCAAGUGUCUGCUGAUCUUACUGCCUGACUUUAAUAAAGCCUCCAGAAGUCUAAUAGUAAAUUCAUUCCUUUCCAUGCUGAAGGAAUAGAAGAAAAACGAGGAGGAGGUACAUUAAGAGCAGAUUAAGAUUUUUAUUUCCAAUUUUAUAUUAGUGAAAUGGAAAGAGGCCCUGGCUGGCUUGCUCAGUAUAUUUAUAUCUUUUUGUCUCUGUGCCCACCCCCCCACCCCCAUCUUCCACUCAAUAGUUAAGUCUUAAAUUUUAUUUUUAACGGUAGAUUAAUUUUUCUUAAAACUAGGGCUUCAUUUUUUUUUAAAUUGCUAGUAACUAUAAUUAUUUUAUAGUCAUUUGUUUUUUGCUUUCUAAUGUUUUCCUGGUUUGCAAUUUAAAAAAAUUCUAUCUGAAAGGAAAUUUAUAGAGCAUGUGAAUAACUUUAUCCACUUUGGUGGUAAUUCUGUUUUUCACUCAUUUAUAAAAUUUUGAUUUUUAAAAUGCUUUUUAAUGUCUUACACCCAGAACUAAACGUGUUAGCCUUUGAAUGGAAAAAUAGCUGUUUUGUCAUUCUUGAGUCAGAGUUGACCAAUCAGUGUUAGGUCUCUUACCAUUCUAUAUAAUAAAAGCAUAAUAUGCAAAUCUACCGAAUGGUGGAAUGAGCGGUCGCUAUGAUGCGCACUGACCUGCACUCAACACAGGAGCUGCCCCCUGGUGGUCAAUGCACUCCCACGAGGGAGUGCUGCUCAGCCAGAAGCUGGGUUCACGGCUGGAAGUGCAGAGGUGGUGGCGAGGGCCUUUCCCACCUCCGCUGCCCGCAGGCGGUAAGGAGUGAGGGGUCCUGGACUGCGAGAGCCCCGGACUGCGAGAGGGAUGUCUGACUGCCAGCUUAGGCCCAAUCAGGUGGACAUCCCCUGAGGUGUCCCAGACUGCAAGAUGGCGCAGGCGGGGCUAGGGAUACCCCUCCCUCCCCCCAGUGCACAAAUCUCAUGCACUGGGCCUCUAGUUUUGGAUAUAAACGUUUAGACACAGAAAUCCUUUCCUUUAUCCUAGAGGAUAUUCUUCGUGAUACUAUAUUUUGUUUUAAUUGUGAUUGCUUUUAUGUAACAAUCAUGAAUACUAAAUUUGAUUUUAAAAGCGUAUAGAAUUUCCUUGUACCUAAUCUUUGUAGCCAGCAGGUGUCACUGUAAAAUUUGCAAAAGCAAAACCUAAAGUUAACGGUUUCUUCAAAGAAUUAUAAGGACAGCUUGUAGGGCUACUCGCAACUGCAAAUGCCAUGAUCCUCAAGCCUCUUUUUAGAACAUUGUGAAAAUACAAGGAGAACAGGGUCUGUGAAAAAAAAAAAAACUAGUUAAAACCUUUGACAUGAGAAUAUUGACUUUUAACACCUCGUUGGAUUUUCUGAGCUACCAAAAUCCACUAGGAUACUGCAUUAAGUUAGCAUCUUAGAAAUAAUUCUGGUGGGAGAGUAACUGAAUUGUCAAGUACUAUGGAUAUCUGCAUGGUAUCUAGAUUCAGGCUGGCAUAAAAUUAAAACAGCAAUGCAAAUAGAUCUAAUUCUUGCCCACUUUAAGAAUGUCAAAAGUUCAUUUUUUCAUAUUCCUACUUUAAUGUAGGAUAGUUCAGCAUAAAUCUGAGAUUGGUGUUUAUUUUUUAUCUUAUUUACCUUCUGUUAAUAAAGAUUUAUAAUUGAGAAUACUUAA